UUGAUUUAUUAUUUCCCUUCCGUGAUUAGAUCGUGGUUUCAUUUUAAGUCAUUGCGUUUCUUUGAUAUUCUAUUGAAUGAAUGUACCGUGAUUAGUAUUUGUGCUGAGUUUCUGUAGUUUUCUUCUUCUUCUUUAUUUAUUUAUUUAUUUUAAUUUUAUUAAUCUUCAGUGACAUGCUUGAUUGUUUGAUGCAUGUUAGUUCGUCCUUUUGACAUUUCAUUUAGUUGCUAAAGAUAGUUGACUCAGUUCUGAAUUCUGAUGGGCUUGGUUACAAGUUAUGUUGCUUGAAAUGCAGACGGAACAUUUCACUGCUUGUUAGUUCUUUGAUUAGAAUUACUACUUUCCAAUUUUAAAUACCGACCUGUAAAUUUCAUUGACUACUUACUGGCAAAGAUGAUGCGCUCGUUAGCUGUCCUGCAUUCUGGCUAUCGAUUACGAUGUCACCGUAAAGAACUAAGAAAAAACAAGACAGUGCAGGGUUCAACACUAAUUAGAAUGUCGGUAGAGUAUGUUUGAGCCUGGAUGAUAUGACCUGAAACUUGAGUUGGAGAAGUAACAUUUUUUCCUCCAGGGAUCUUACUUGAAAAAAUGAUCGAUCCACAAAGCUCAUUGAGCGUUCAUCCAUGGCUGAUGUGUGACACUUGUCAAGAAUUGGUAAGUUUGUGUUAAUCGACAUAAAAUGGGUCGUCGCAUACUUUCUGCAUUGAUUGGAAAAUGGGCUAUUACUUGGGAAUGAUUUUCUUGUAGCCAACAGUUUUCCAACUAGGUAUUCAAAUUAUUUUUCCAGGCAUGUGGAUAUGAUAGGAAGGAUAAGUCCUGAAUCCCUUUCGUUUAUGCUAGGUGAAAGUUACCUGAGCCAAGUUAUGCAUAAAAUUGGUUGACAGGUAGGCAUGAGUUAACUUAGGAGUCUAUAAAUCACAUGUCUAGGUUUCUUUUUGGGCUUUAGCAUGAUAGGAUGGGCAAUCUUCUGUAAUGUACAUCGGUACGUUAAAGAAAAGCAAGAGUUGUGUGACUAGGGAGAGACUAAAGUUUCUUGAAAACUUGUUUGGCUCAUCUCUCUUCUUCUAUACUAUGAAUUUUUAUCAAGUAGUAUCUCAACACUUCUUAGAGCACGUAAAGAGGGAAGAAAAUGGACAACCGUAUGAAAUCAGUAGAGCAAUGAUUGGGGCCUAUGGUAGUGGAAGUGUACAAGAUACCAGUGCUUGAAAGGAUCUUUACAAUGUUAGUGGAGGGUGAGUUAAGCUGCUAUUGAAGAAACAAGAAGCUGAGCAUGCAAGGGUGGACCUUCGAAUCAAGGGAAUUCAAUGAAAGGGAAGCAGCUGGUUGCUCUGAUCUAGGAGGGUGAGAGCGGGGAAAUGAGUGGAAUGGUCUGAGAGGGGGUGAAGAUGAUGAGCUAAGCUUUCAUGCGGAAGGACGAAUUACCACCAUUUGACGAGAUAGAUCCAGGAAGAUGGAGUUUUUUUUCUAAAGUGGAACAUUGUAUCAAAAUGAUCGUCCACUGCAGUAGAAGUUGGAGCUGCGUUUCAAGAUGAGCUUACUUGGCAUAGGGCAUAAUGCUACAAGAGAGAUUGAGUGGGCUGGGAGCCCAGCGUACCUUUGAUUUUAGGGCUUGAACUCUGAUGGUGGUUUAGCACUAAUUCAUAGUAGUUCACGCUCGAGAUUUUUUUCCUACGCAAAUAAAAUUUGAAAGAUUGUGGAUACAUAGUCUUAGACAGAAUGAGGGUUUUAAAGGCUUUGGAUGCCAUGAUACUAACACCUAGUUAACAAACAUUCAUGACGUUGUCUGAGACCUUAGUAACUGCUUUUUGAUUAAUAAUGUUGUAUUCUUGUUCAAUGUAUAAAAGGAGUAUUGAAUGAUGGUCACAGUACAUGAAAAGGUAUUUAUUGUAAUUCAUGUCCUAAUUGAUGUCUUGCAAGAGAACUAAUGUGCGUUGAUCAGACUCUUGACUUGCAGUUUCUUUUCUCAUGGUAUCAUUUGUCAUUUUACAUCAAAGGAUGCUGCUGCUCUUUAUUUAUUAGGCUCAUUGAUAUUUUGCAAUUAAAUUUGAUUUCCCUUUAUUGGAUUUGUGUCUGGCAGUUGAUUAAAAUGGUACCAUUAGCUAAAGAAAGUGUAGAAAGCAGACACGGAAUUUCUAGUAUUAUUGGGACCGGAAAGUGUGAAAGCUACUUAAUUUUUAGUAGUGAAACUUCCCUUGGGGAUGCAUUUCGGAUAUUCCUAUAUUUUAUGGGCCUUGCAUAUUGUUUCAUUGGAUUGUCUGCUAUUACUGCUCGAUUUUUCCGGUCCAUGGAAAAUGUUGUGAAGCACUCAAGGAAGGUGGUAGAGAUAGAUCGAUACAACAACACUAAAAUUGUUCGAUAUGAGAAGGUCUGGAAUUUUACAAUUGCAGAUAUCAGCUUACUGGCGUUUGGCACUAGCUUUCCUCAAAUAUCCUUAGCUACUAUUGAUGCUAUUCGAAAUAUUGGCAACCUGUAUGCUGGAGGUCUGGGACCUGGAACUCUGGUUGGUUCUGCUGCUUUCGACCUUUUUCCCAUUCAUGCUGUUUGCGUUGUAGUGCCUAAGGCAGGAGAGUUGAAAAAAAUAUCUGAUAUAGGAGUUUGGCUAGUUGAGCUUGCUUGGUCUUUCUGGGCUUAUAUUUGGCUGUACAUUAUUUUGGAGGUGUGGACUCCAAAUGUAAUAACUCUUUGGGAAGCUUUGUUGACUGUGCUACAGUAUGGAUUACUGCUUACACAUGCAUACGCUCAAGAUAAGCGAUGGCCCUACUUGUCCCUUCCCAUGGAAAGAACUCAGAGGCCAGAGGAAUGGGUGCCACCUGAGACUGCUAUAUGCAAGCAGGAAUUUCAAGCCCAUGAAAAUGAUCAGAGAAGCAUUGUUGACAUUUUCUCUAUCCAUGAUAAAGAUAAGAAAGUGUAUCAUGAAGUUCCUGGACAUGAUGUCGGUGAAUCCUCCUGUAGUAAUUCUCUGGAGAUGGAUGAAAAUGAAGACCACCCUUACGUGCUUACAAUGUGGAAACAGCAGUUUUUGGAUGCCCUUUCGUUGAAAACUUCGGAAUCAAAGAAGCAGUAUAACAUCUAUUUACGACUUGCAAGAUUAUGCUGGCGGUUGCUUCUUGCUCCGUGGAGGCUUUUGUUUGCCUUUGUACCUCCUUAUCACAUUGCUCAUGGAUGGCUUGCCUUUAUUUGCUCCCUUAUUUUCAUCAGUGGGAUAGCUUAUAUUGUCACUAAGCUCACAGAUCUAAUAAGCUGUGUCUCAGGAAUAAAUCCUUAUGUCAUAGCAUUUACAGCAUUGGCAAGUGGAACUUCUUGGCCAGAUUUAGUGGCUAGUAAGAUUGCUGCUGAGCGCCAGACAACCGCAGACUCUGCCAUUGCGAACAUUACUUGCAGCAAUUCAGUGAACAUAUACGUGGGAAUUGGAGUUCCAUGGCUGAUAAACACUGCAUACAAUUUCAUAGCGUAUAGAGAGCCCCUGAAGAUAAAGGAUGCUGCAGGCCUCAGCUUCUCAUUGCUGGUGUUUUUCUCAACUUCGGUGGCUUGCAUUGCCGUGCUUGUGUUUAGGCGUCUAACAUUAGGUGCAGAACUUGGAGGGCCAAGGCUUUGGGCUUGGGUUACGUGCAUCUUUUUCAUGUUGCUCUGGCUCAUCUUUGUGGUGCUGUCUUCUCUCAAGGUUUCAGAUAUCAUCUGAACCCAGUGAUCUCUAUUUUAGCCUUCCCCGUUCUGGAUUAUAGAAAUAUAGAGAACUCAUUUCAAUGCAACAAUAGUCACAAGUUAUUAUUUUCUACCUUUUACAUUAAAACUUAGUACAGCCAUUUUUUCCAAGAAUACACCAUCGUAAUUGUAAUAUUAUUAUUUUUUUUUCCGAACAAAAAUGUCUUAUUUACUGAAUUGUAUUUGAAUCAAAAGUUAUGCCUUAGAUGACAUUUAUGUCA